AUGUCUUUGUCUUCUUCUAAACUCAUCCAAAGACUUCUGCGCAACGGCGGUGGGCAGAGCAGAAACGACAUAUUUUUCACUCGUUUACUCUCUUCGUCUUCACCGGCGUCGUCGUCGUCCUCGUCAAAACCAUCCACAGCGACGACGAGGACGACGACGCCGACCAAAUUUGGAAAAAAGGAAGAAAAAGAAACCUUUCUCGAGAAUCUUAUUCGAGAAUCAAACGCUUCGUUUCCAAACUUGGAAGGAAAAGUCGUCUCCGGAAUAGUGACAAAGAUUGACUCUAGGAACGGCUUCAUUGACGUGGAUGUUGGGUUCAAAAUGCCAUCGAGCUUUGUAAAAGAGGAGUUACCAGAGGAUGUGAAGUUAGGCGAUCGCGUACCUCUACGAGUGAAACGUUUACAAAACCCGUUUGGGGAGAUGGACGUGGACUCGGUCUCGGUCGAUCAGUUUAGAAAACACCAACUGGCGUGGGAUGCGAUUGCGAGGAAAAGAGAGAAUAGAGAGCUUGUCACCGGGAGAGUCUUGAAUGCCGUGAAUGGUGGAUUCGCGGUCGGCGUUUCCGGACACGUCGGUUUUUUACCGAAGAAGUUAGCGCGAGACGAGAAAGGAAGACGGUUGCCGCAAGACCGCGACGCCACGCCACCAAUAGGAGACGCCAUGCAGUUUCGAGUUUUGUCCAUGAGUGAAGCUGGUGGGGCGAGAAAUUUCGUAGUGAGUGGACCAGAGGUCGAGACUAAAAGACAGAGUCAACCCGCGAGUAAUAAUAGUGCGAGAACGGCGUUUUCUGCAGCGACGACCGGGUCUCGUAAAGUUCGAACGUGGGACGGUACGAAAUGA